UCGGUGAAUGCGUUGCGGGCUGCAAAAGACUCACCAAGAACAUAAGGAAGAAAAAGAAAACAGCAGAGCAUCUACAAGGGGUUUGGAAGAACAGUUAACAACCUGAAACAUUCGACAGUCAUACAGUAUGCGUCUGCUGGUGGUUUUGGCUCUACUCUUCUGCGUAAUGGUUUGUGCGGACCAGGCAAGAGCAGAAAUGCAGGCAGUGAAGCUGUGUGGUCGGGAGUUUCUGAGAGCUGUGGUCUACACCUGUGGAGGCUCCCGUUGGAGGAGAUUCUUCAGUGAGCCAGACAUGGGUGGUCUGCCUGCUGGACAGCAGAGCAGCUUGGAAAACCUUAGCAUCCCCAGAUCUGACUGGACCAAACGGGACAUAAACAACAUCCUGACAGCCAUGUGCUGUCAGGUGGGUUGCAGGAAGAGCGAACUCACCUACUUGUGCUGAUGACUGCUCUUUUUUUUGUUUUUUUACUCUGAGUGACAAAAUUACUGUUUUGUCUCCCAUCUUGCCUUAAAACUUAAACUUCACUCUGACAUGUAACAUUAUGAUCACUGUAUAACUGAGAUUAGUGAAUGUGGAGCAUCUCUGAAUGUGUCUGAAUGAAUCUGAGUUGAAUAUGUUUUCCAAUAAAUACAUAGCUGAAUAUAGUAUAAACAGAACUUGUAUUAGAGCUUGUAGGACUGGAUUGAUUGCAGAUCAGCUUCUCUGUAAAGAGAUGGCAGAUAUCUAGGGCCUAAUGGUGUCUCAUGCAUGUGUGGUGAAUGAAAUAACAGAGGUGCAAGUUUGUAUAGCUUCCAGCUCUGCUUUAUGUUUUUCAAAACACUUAUGUUUUACAUUGUUAUGAUAUAAAAUAAAUGUUCUUGCAAAUGUC